AUGCUCCAAUUUGCCAAAAAGCAGCUAUUAAAAAAAGAAAAGUAUUUGACUCCAGCAGACAGCGAGCCGAGGGAACUGAAAUUUCACGUGUCAAACCAGUAA